AUGAGCGGUAAAGCAAAUCCACCAGAAUUAAAAAAAUUUAUGGAUAAAAAAUGUCAAUUAAAAUUAAAUGGAAAUCGUACAGUUAUUGGUGUUUUACGUGGUUUUGAUCCAUUUAUGAAUUUAGUUAUUGAUGAAGCUUAUGAAGCUGUUAAAACUGGUGAAAAACGUCCUAUUGGAAUGGUUGUUGCACGAGGAAAUAGUGUUUCAAUGAUUGAAGCACUUGAACGACUUGGUUAA